GUAUUUAAUUAGUUUAUUUGUUUUUUUAAUCCCUGAAUCCAGGUAAUUUGAUUUUCCAUGGUAAAAUAUUUGCUUGUCAUAUCAGGCAGGGUGCUAAACUUGGAAAUUAAGAAUGCUGAGUUAAAUUUAAAAUUUGUUGAAAAGUAUUCAUCAUAAUGCUGUCUAUUUAAUGUCUUGGCAGUGCCUCUGGCUCUUCUCAUUUAACAUGUAAGGAGACAGACUGGCAGCAGUUGUAAACUGAAACCUAGUUGUAUUCAGGAUGACGCUGAUGGGGUAUGAAGGGAAAUGGAGAAAAUUUGGAAGUGUUGCUCUGUGUGUUUGUGUUUCCUUAAAUUAAAGUGUGACACGUUUGCUUAAAAUAGAAUUUUAUAUUCUGUUUAUCAAGGCUAUUAUAACUUCAUGGUAGAUGAUCCUAAAACUGAAACUGGUAUUAAAUAUUGUUUUGUGGAAUAACCAGAUUUAUCUCUUAACAAAAUUGUCAUAAUGUCACACAAGUUGUUUUGGUAUAAAAAGCAUCUUUUACAAUAUGUUUGAGUCAUUUGUCUCUAGUAGACCUGAAAUUUAUUACUCAGAGGAGAAGCAUGCAUUUACAGUAUAUUCUUAGCUACUCCUUUCUGUCACUCAGCUGUCAAGUCCUAUGGAAUCUAAAAUAGAACCUGACCAAUGGGAGACAGUCUCCACACUGUUUACGGGAUGAUUCGGAUGUGGACAGUUUUAUCAUGCGCUGCAGCGUCUGUGUUGCAGUGUUGAGGCGGCAGGAUGCAGAGUGCUGUUCAAGUUUUCCAGUGGAGUCCCUGAAAGGGACAGCUUUGAAAGAUAGCUUCUAAAGAAUAAGAAAUAGGAGGAGUUACAGUACCUGAUUUGGGGCUGCUCUUCAUCAAGUGCUGCACAACAAGGAAGAUAAUUUUCAAGCGGUAUGAAGGCGGAGAAGGAUCCUGAAGACGAAGAAAAUAUCGCUAGAGAUCCAAGCUAAGUGUAGCACAGCAUGAAGACUGUAGAACAGGAAGAGCUGUAAAGAGAGGGACGGACUCACUUGUCAGGAGUUGGUCUGAGAGCUUGCUUUGUGAGCUACAGAGAUUUGUAACUUAAUGUGAAGUGGUUUGCUGUUAGCAACAAGAGACUAAAUCCUGUCUAUGAUGAACUGUUGGUUUUCUUGUGCUCCUAAGAACAGACAUGCAGCAGAUUGGAACAAAUAUGAUGACCGAUUGAUGAAAGCAGCAGAAAGGGGAGAUGUAGAAAAAGUGUCCUCAAUUCUUGCUAAAAAGGGAGUCAGUCCAGGCAAACUAGAUGUGGAAGGCAGAUCUGCCCUUCAUGUUGUGGCCUCAAAGGGGAAUCUGGAGUGUUUGAAUGCCAUCCUUGUGCAUGGAGUUGAUAUUACAACCAGUGACACUGCAGGGAGAAAUGCUCUUCACCUGGCUGCAAAGUAUGGACAUGCAUUGUGUCUACAAAAACUUCUACAGUACAAUUGUCCCACUGAACAUGUAGACCUGCAGGGAAGGACGGCACUUCACGAUGCAGCUAUGGCAGACUGUCCUUCUAGCAUACAGCUGCUUUGUGACCAUGGGGCCUUGGUGAAUGCCAAAGAUGUAGAUGGGCGGACACCACUUGUUCUGGCUACUCAGAUGUGUAGGCCAACAAUAUGUCAACUGCUGAUAGAUAGAGGGGCGGAUAUUAACUCCAGAGACAAACAAAACAGAACUGCUCUCAUGCUAGGCUGCGAGUAUGGUUGCAAAGAUGCAGUAGAAAUCUUAAUUAAAAAUGGUGCUGAUGUAAGCUUGCUGGAUGCCCUUGGUCAUGAUAGUUCUUACUAUGCAAGAAUUGGUGACAAUCUGGACAUUCUUACCUUGUUGAAGACUGCAUCGGAAAAUACCAACAAAGGGAAAGAACUUUGGAAGAAAGGACCAUCUUUACAACAGCGAAAUUUGACACACAUGCUAGAUGAAGUAAAUAUGAAGCCAAAUCAGAGGGAGCAUCAAAACAUUCAGGAUCUGGAGAUUGAAAAUGAAGAUUUGAAAGAGAGGUUGAGAAAAAUUCAGCAAGAACAGAGAAUAUUAUUGGAUAAAGUCAAUGGUUUACAACUGCAGCUGAAUGAGGAAGUAAUGGUUGCUGAUGAUCUGGAAAGUGAGAAAGAAAAGCUGAAGUCCCUUUUGGCAGCUAAAGAAAAGCAACAUGAAGAAAGCCUAAGAACUAUUGAGGCUCUGAAAAAUAGAUUUAAAUAUUUUGAGAGUGAUCAUUUAGGAUCAGGAAGUCAUUUCAGUAACCGAAAAGAAGAUAUGCUUCUUAAACAAGGUCAAAUGUAUGUGACAGACACACAGUGUACUUCCCCUGGUAUGCCAGCCCAUAUGCAAAGCAGAUCCAUGUUAAGGCCGCUGGAGCUGUCCUUCCCCAAUCAAACCUCAUAUUCCGAAAAUGAAAUUUUAAAGAAAGAGUUAGAAGCAAUGAGAACUUUCUGCGAUUCAGCAAAACAAGACCGACUCAAGCUCCAAAAUGAACUGGCUCACAAGGUGGCAGAGUGCAAAGCUUUAGCCUUAGAAUGUGAAAGGGUCAAGGAGGAUUCAGAUGAACAGAUAAAGCAAUUAGAAGAUGCAUUAAAAGAUGUGCAGAAGAGAAUGUACGAGUCAGAAGGUAAAGUGAAGCAAAUGCAGACGCAUUUUCUUGCCCUUAAAGAGCAUCUCACAAGUGAAGCAGCAACAGGGAGCCACAGGUUAACGGAGGAACUGAAGGAUCAGCUGAGAGACAUGAAAGCGAAGUAUGAAGGCGCUUCAGCGGAAGUAGGAAAAUUAAGAAACCAGAUCAAACAAAACGAGAUGCUGGUAGAAGAGUUUAAGAGGGAUGAAGGCAAGCUGAUAGAGGAAAAUAAGCGAUUGCAGAAGGAAUUUAGUAUGUGUGAAAUGGAGCGAGAGAAGAAAGGAAGAAAGGUCGCAGAAAUGGAAGGCCAGUUAAAAGAAUUGUUAGCAAAGUUGGCCCUUUCCAUUCCGACAGAAAAAUUUGAAAACAUGAAGAGCUUAUUAUCGAAUGAAGUGAAUGAGAAGGCAAAAAAAUUAGUAGAGAUGGAAAGAGAAUAUGAAAAAUCACAUGGUGAAAUUAGACAGUUAAAGAGAGAACUUGAGAAUUCUAAGGCCAAGUUUGCUCAGCAUGUCAAACCAGAAGAACACGAACAACUCAAGAGUAGAUUAGAGCAAAAAUCUGGAGAACUUGGGAAGAAGAUCACUGACUUAACAUCAAAAAAUCAGGAGUUACAAAAGGAAAUUGAAAAGGUGUAUCUGGAUAAUAAGCUCCUUACCCAGCAAGUACAUAACUUAACAAUGGAAAUGAAAAAUCAUUAUGUUCCUUUAAAAGUCAGUGAAGAAAUGAAAAAGUCACAUGAUGCAAUUGUUGAUGAUUUGAACAAAAAGCUUUUAGAUGUCACACAAAAAUAUACAGAAAAGAAGUUGGGAAUGGAGAAAUUGCUAGUGGAAAAUGACAGCUUAAGUAAGAAUGUGAGCCACCUGGAAACUGUGUUCGUACCUCCUGAGAAGCAUGAAAAAGAGAUAAUGGCUCUGAAAUCCAAUAUCGUUGAACUUAAAAAACAGCUCUCUGAACUUAAUAAAAAAUGUGGGGAAGACCAGGAGAAGAUAGAUUCGCUCAUGUCUGAAAACACCAACUUGAAAAAGACUAUGAGUCAUCAGCAUGUGCCAGUUAAGACUCAUGAAGAGAUGAAAACUACAUUGAGUAGCACAUUAGAUAAAACUAACAGAGAAUUAUUAGAUGUGAAAAAAAAAUUUGAAGAUAUAAAUCGAGAAUUUGUAAAAAUAAAAGAUGAGAAUGAAAUAUUAAAAAGAAACCUGGAAAACACUCAGAACCAAAUAAAAGCUGAGUACAUCAGCCUAAAAGAGCAUGAGGAAAAGAUGAGCACUGUGGGUGAGAGCCUGAAAAAAGUGCAGGCGAAUAGUGCUGAAAUGUUGGCUAACUACCAAAAAGGCCAGGAAGAGAUUGUGACGCUGCAUGCUGAAAUCGAAGCCCAGAAAAAGGAGCUUGACACAAUACACGAAUGCAUUAAGCUAAAAUAUGCUCCAAUUGUCAGCUUUGAAGAAUGUGAGAGAAAAUUUAAAGCAACAGAGAAAGAACUAAAAGAGCAAUUAUCAGAGCAGACACAGAAGUGUAAUGUCAGGGAAGAAGAGGCCAGGAAGUGCAAGCAGGAGAAUGACAAGUUAAAGAAGGAGAUUUCCACUCUUCAGAAGGAUUUAAAGGAUAAGAGUGCUCUCAUUGAGAAUUCUCAUGAAAUGGAAAGAGCAUUAAGCAGAAAAACAGAAGAGCUAAACAAACAGUUAAAAGACCUGUUACAGAAAUACACAGAGGUAAAGAACGAGAGAGAGAAGCUAGUAGAAGAAAAUGCCAAACAGACUUCUGAGAUCCUUGCAGCACAAACUCUUUUGCAAAAACAGCAUGUUCCACUGGAACAGGUUGAGGCCCUGGAAAAAUCUCUUAAUGGCACAAUUGAGACUCUAAAGGAAGAACUGAAGAAUAAGCAAAGGUGUUAUGAGAAGGAGCAGCAGACUGUGACCAAACUGCAGCAGAUGUUGGAGAAUCAGAAGAACUCUUCUGUGCCGCUGUCAGAGCAUUUGCAGAUUAAGGAAGCAUUUGAGAAAGAAGUUGGAGUCAUAAAAGCUAGCUUGCGAGAAAAGGAGGAAGAAAGCCAAAACAAAACUGAAGAAGUCUCCAAACUGCAGUCUGAGGUCCAAAAUACUAAGCAGGCAUUAAAAAAAUUAGAGACUAGGGAGGUAGUUGAUUUGUCUAAAUAUAAAGCAACAAAAAGUGACUUGGAGACCCAGGUUUCCAACUUAAACGAAAAAUUGGCCAAUCUGAAUAGAAAGUACGAAGAAGUAUGUGAGGAGGUUUUGCAUGCCAAAAAGAAGGAACUAUCUGCAAAAGAUGAGAAGGAAUUACUACAUUUUAGCAUUGAGCAAGAAAUCAAGGAUCAGCAGGAACGAUGUGAUAAGUCCCUAACAACAAUCACAGAGUUACAGAGAAGGAUACAGGAAUCUGCUAGACAAAUUGAAGAUAAAGAUAAUAAGAUAACCGAACUGCUUAAUGAUGUGGAAAGACUAAAACAGGCUCUCAAUGGCCUUUCACAACUCACCUACACGAGUGGGAGUCCCAGCAAGAGACAGAGCCAGCUCAUUGAUGCUCUGCAGCACCAGGUGCAGACCCUGCAGCAGCAGCUGGCUGAUGCCGACAGACAGCACCAAGAAGUAAUUGCAAUUUAUCGGACACACCUUCUUAGUGCUGCACAGGGUCACAUGGAUGAAGACGUGCAGGCGGCCUUACUCCAGAUCAUACAGAUGCGGCAGGGGCUUGUGUGCUAGCGGUCAGCGCUGACCAGCCAGCGUCUGCUUUCCCUACUGGGGCUGAGCAUUCUGUGUGCACCUCCAUGGCCUUUCUGGGUCUUACUGUGCUAGUAUAAUUAAAAUAAAAUAUAUUUUGUUCCAUCAGUAGGUUUUUUUAAUUAGAUGAGCCUGUUACUGAGUUUUUCAGUAUCAAUUCAAAUCUUAUAUUCUAUAUACAUAUGUUAGUUAAUUUUGCAGUGAGGCCUACCAAACACUUUGCCUUGGAUUGGCUGCAUAUUUUUAAACCAUUGAGUCCUUGAUUAAACAUGAGCCAUCUGCGUGGGUCCAUAUGAAGAGGGGUUAAGCUGAAAUAAUUGUUUAAACAUUGCUUUUAGAGAAAUUAAUUUGGUUGGCAGCCACUUUUAAGUGGAUCAAAAGAUCUUUCAGAUCUUCAGCUGAGCCGUGAGACCUGCUGCAGUUCAAGGAGUGCAUUGUGACUUGGCUGGCCAAGGUGCAUUUUUAUUGAAGUAACUUAAUGAGUGCCUUUGACUUCUUUUGGAGGUACAGACUUUUUUCUUCUUACACUAGUAACUUUUAUGCCUAUUUAAAUAUAUUUCUUUUCAUAAAGGGUUUGCAGUGCUAACUUAAAUUAAGGAAAGGUAAGGGUGGUAUAUACCAGGAGUUUAUAAUAAAAUUGCUUCAUAAUCUCCACAACAGUAUCUUAAUUUUCACUUGUGGUGACUUUUGUUGCCACAGUAUUUAGAGAACUGUGAUAAAUGGUAUACUAAGUUUUUCAAAGUCUCAAAAAUUUUAGACUUUUUAAAGCAAUUAUGUUGACAUUUGCUACUAUAGUAACCAAGCACUCGUUAGACUUGCGUCCUCCAAAUGUUUUGUGCUUAUUUAUAGGAAAAUUGCACUAAUGAGAUUAAUAAUGUGAAAAGCAGUUUUCUUGCAAAAUUAGCAUUAGAGAAUUGAUUUUAGAAAACCUCUAUAAGGUUUUAGACGAACGUGCAAUAAUGUAGUAAACUGUAAGAAUAUAGUUAGCAAGAAAAUAAUAAAAUUGGACAUGUUUAUAGUAAAUACUCUAUCGUAACCAACCAUUUUUAUUAAUUAUAUCUCAUUAAGGAAAGUUUAUAUGUUUUUUUAUUUUUAUUAACAUUUUGUGUUACCAUUCAGAUUAAAAUUACUAAUUUGACUGUUAGCAAAUAAACUGAACAAAUGAGUCAUUUGAGCCAAGUUUUUUUAAAUUCCGAAAUGUGCCUUAACGAUAAUCUUUGAGCAUCCUGAACCAAAUUUUUGAUCCCAUCUUGGUAUGAUAACAAGGACAGAGAACCAUCAAAGUGGCUUUUCCCAGCAAAGAAUACGCCAUUGUAUUUCUUCAGUGUAACAGGGAAAAGUCAGAAUCGGAUUUAUUUUUAAUUCUUUAGGUAGAUAGACACAGUUUACAUAAGCAGUAUUUGGAUUCUUUAAUUUUUAUAUUUAAUGUUUUUCUUCAGCAUGAGUUCUGUUUCAUGAGUAUUAGGUCACCUGUAGAAGCUCUAGAGUAGAGAAAGUUCUUAACUGAAUACUCACAUCUCAGUGUGGUAUUUUCCUUAUUAGGGGUGGGAAGGGAACCUUAUGUGUAUUUUAUUUUGUCUUCAACCAUCAAUAAAAUGUUUUCAGUGGAA